UUCCUUUUUCGGCCCCUGUCGAGGUAGCAGCACCUCUCACGGCCGGGUCGACCUACCGAAAAGGCCUAAAUGAUGGCGAAUAACCCAAAAGGUUUCGCACAAAGCAUCGAUCUCCCCGGCAGUCAACCUGUUCCUGUUAAUUCUCACCAAAUCCCUGUAGCAGAUUAUGCCAAGGAUCUGAGUACUAAAGUGGCUAAGGUUCCUCGGAUAAUAUCCUCAUCCGGGUAUGGAAGGCGCCAUGCAAGCAUGGGUCAGAGCUAUGAAUAUCGACCUCGGCACUGGCAGCCCUAUCCCAGGGCCAGAAGUCAAACUCACCAGGAUCAUUCAAGUCGUGGACAAUUGCCAGAAAUCAAAAAGUACACCAACAGAUUGCAUAAUUACUCUGCAGCUAGACAACAACAAGUUGCCAAAGUCACUUAUCAUCGAUCAGUUCCUGAAGGGGGCUCCUCUCAGGAUAGCUGUGGUUUCCCUAAGAAUCAGGAGGCUACAGGAUCAGUUUCCCUGAACUGUAAUCCUCCCACAGAGCCAACAUGUAGCAAAGACUCUCAGCCACCACAGCCACUCAAGAGCCAAACCCAGUCACCACUUCAGCUUCAGGCCUCGCCACCCCCGUCGCAGCCGAAGCAGCAGUCUUCUCCGUUGCCUUGGAAACCUUCCAACGGCCCCAGAAAUUCUCUUAGCAGUUCCAAGCAAUCUUCUCAUCAAAAUAAGCCGCUGCUACCCAGAGACCUCUUCCAGGAGCCCUUCGUUCUCUACUGCGAUGUGUGCAAGAUCGUUUGUCCUGGCCCCCAGACUUACUGGGAGCAUUUAGAAGGGCAGAAGCAUAAGAAGAAAGAGGUAGCUCAAAAAUUGGGUGUCCGUACAAACAGUGACCAGAAACAACUUCUUUGUGCUCUCUGUGAUAUUUACUGCUCAGGAGAUGAGUCAUAUUUAGCACAUAUUAAUGGAGCUAAGCACCAGAAGGUCCUUAGUUUAUUUGUAAAGCUGGAGAAGCACAUUCCUUCCGCAGAGCCUGUGAUAGUGAAACCUACUGCUGCUCCUGCUACUGCAACCACUUCUGCCACUACAAAAGCUAUCAAGCCACCAGCAGCUGUCCGCAAAGAAAAGAAAAAAGCUUCAAAGGCCACAUUAAAUUUGCCAAGUGAACAGAAUACAUCGCCUGUGUUCAAAUUGCAGCCAGUCGGACGUGCCUAUGUGGAAGAGGUGCGAAACCGUGAAGGAAAAUCAAUGCAAUUUCACUGUAAACUGUGUGACUGCUUUUGCCACGAUACAAAUACCAUGGAGGUGCAUCUGAGAGGGCGCCGCCAUCGACUGCAGUACAAGAAGAAAGUGAACCCUCAAUUUCCAGUUGAGACCAAGUCCCAAAAGAAAGAUCAGAAAAACUCUGAAGAGAUGAAGAAACACAGGGAUAUUAUGAAACUAGAGAAAGAGAAAGAGCAGCUAUGGGGCUAUGUCAAGAAUGUAUACUGGAAGUGGCUAGAAGAAGAACAGCUGUUUUGGGAAGACGAACGUCGACACUGGUGGCGUGCAGACCUGUUUCCAUUCCACCCCUUCAUGAGCAGACCUAGUAUGCCUGUUGCAUCCCUUUUGCUAAAAGAAUAUCCAAAUGCCAGUAUUGACCAGCACAUUCUGAUGAAACAUUCCAGUAUCUACCCUACGAUAGAUGAGUUACAAACCGUACAGAAGGUGGUGUCCCAUUUGGAGCAGGCCCUCAAGCUGGUCUCUGACUCACUAACUUGUGAAAAAAGAAAAAUGCUGAAGAAAAAGAGCAGGAAAAUAAACUUUGAAUGUAAAAUUCUGUUGGGUGUAACACGAGUUGGUAUCCUCGCAAAAGGUCUUCUUCUCCAUGGAGACAGGGACAUUCACCUCAUCCUGAUCUCAGCUGAGAAACCUACAAAGAUUCUCCUACAGAAAAUCGUAGAGAAGUUACCUGAGAAAAUUUUGAUGUUAACUGAUGACAAGUAUGAGAUUACAGCUCAAAUUGAAGAAGCAUGUCUGGUCAUUACUUCGUGUGGGGAGCCCAAACUGCAAGUCAAAAUUUCAAUCACAUCAGCUCUCAUGGAAGACACCCCUGAGGCUGUUGCUAAAAAUGAAGACAAAAGAGGACCUCAACCUGAACAGGCAGAUCUGUUGAACCGGAGCAAGUGCCUUGAGUCAUUGACUGCUAUCCGGCAAACCAAGUGGUUCCAGUCUACUGUUCAUGACCUGCAGUCAUGUUUGAUCAUUGUCCGGAUUUUGCGAGACUUGUGUCAGCGUGACCCAAUCUGGAGACCCUUCCCACAAUGGGCACUGGAAAUUUUGGUGGAGAAAGCCUUAAGCAGUGCAGUAUGGCCUCUUAGUCCCGAGAAAGCUUUAAGGCGCAUUUUCGAGUUUGUAGCCUCAGGAAUCCUCUUGAGCGGCCCAGGUCUUCAAGAUCCUUGUGAGACUCAGCCAGUAGAUACUCUGAAGCCCCUGACUCAUCAAGAGAGGGAGGCUAUUACAGUCAGUGCCCAGAAUGCCUUGCGAAAUUUCGUGUUCAGGCAGAUGCAUAAAAUCCUGGGAGAUAACUAUGAGGUAUAUUCUCAAGAUAGUGUCCUGGAAAGCAGCAAAAGAAAACGGGACUUUGGUAAGGUAGCCAAAGAAGAGAGUCAGGAGAAGAAGUACAAAAAGAGAGGUCGUGUCUAACUAGUUCAGGGCAUUCACUAAGAGUGCCUUUUGUUACUUUAGCGAACGUAGAAAUGUCCAUGUGCCUGCACACAUGCUCUUUUCAUGCGUGUGUGUAUGAAUAAGUUGCUUUCUACUCUCUGUUGAGGUUUUGAUAAUAUUAAGGUUUCCCCCCCCCAAACAAUUUAUUCUAAGCCGUGUUUAUCUUAUGAAAUAGCAUCAUUCCUUAAGAAUAAAGUUGCUUCUGGCAACUUUCUCCUCUGUACCUCCCCACCUCCUCCCCACUCCUGAAGAAACCCCCUCCACAGCAAAACAGGUAAAAGGAGGCCAGCCCGGUUUUUGGUUUUUUUCCCUCCUUGAAUUAUUUCUUGCGGACUCGAAAAAUAGGUCCAAUGUCAUGUAGAAGAAAAUGCAGGCUCUGGGUUUGAAUGUUAAAAUCUCUUCUUCCAUCUUUUCCAUCCCCCAACUGGAGGGUGGAGGGGUCAGAAGCAAGUAGUUUGGUCUGGAAGAACCAAGAGGAUGGCUUUGUCCUUCAGGGAAGCAAAGCUUGCCCAAGCCAAGGGAAGGCUCAAAAUGCUACUUGACCCUUUGCAUACCAUAAAACACAGUGAGCCCAUUUCACUGGUAUCUAGAGUUCUCUGUUAGACUGGGUCUACGUAUAAAAUCCCCAUUCACCACCACUCUGUGAGUGUUUUAUCUCAUCUGGCUUUGAAGUUUGGACAUCUGUGUAAUUUCUGAUCUUUUUGGAAAGCACCCCAUGUGUUCCAGGAAAGACGAAAAUGGAGGUUGGACAGGGGUUGCUCUGUUAACAGUGGUAGGGUGAAGAGUGCUAAAUUUAAAAAAUACCUCUUACUUUAUUUGACAAUAUGACCACUAACCACAGAGAUUUUUCCACCUACCAAAGAGUGCUUUCUCUAGAGAGGUCAGUACGGUGAAGGGCUGCUUUGAAAUUGUUUACUUAAAAUGUGGUUUUGCCUUUCUUUGUUCCCCCCAAAUUUGAGCCACCUUUCCAACGUGAGCCAAUUUGAAAGUUUGGUCUUUUUCAGUAACACCUCUCAGAAGUGGUUGGACUGCAACCUGGAAAGAUGCUUAAUGUGGAUGGGGGUCCUAGUUACAGUAAUGGGAUUGGAGGGAAGGGAUCUGAUCCUGGCACUGUGUUUUUGAAUCAGUUAUCCCACUCCAGCAAACUAAGAAACCAGGGCAGGGCGACCCAUGCUAAUUUGGUUCAGCCUGUUUCUUUGUGGAGGGUUUCUCAGGUAGUUGAUUGCCCAGUGGUAUUUAAACAAAUGUUGUGAUUUAGGGUCCCUCUGAUGCAUUUCAUUUUAUUUCACUUUCUGUGUGGUAAACAGAAAGCCUAUAACACGGUUUUAAUAGUUUAAUGUUUUUGAAAUGUUACCUGAAACAAACAAGGAAAAGAAAACAAGGAGAAAAAAGUGAAAGCAAAAUAAAGACAUGUUGUUUCAGUGUA